CACCAUUGUGGGCUGUUCCCAGGCGGCCCACUUUCCCAGCCACACCUGCCCAGUCCAGGGGUGGUGAGCGAGACAGGGACGAUUAACGGGAGGAGGAGGAUGGCGAGAAUCGCAGAGAAGUCAACCCGAUGGCAGGCCCCCUUAACGUACAAUCUCCGAACGAAAGCCACAACCAGCAUCGACUCACUCUCUUUAUUUUUAUUUACAUUGAUAACCUACGCAUUUGUACUCGUCGCAUUGGAAGAUUUUUUGCUUGUUUUGCUUGUUUCUCUUCUCCCCUCAACCAGUCUUGUUUACGGUCCAUGCCGCGUCACCCCUCGCCGCCAUGGACGACUUCGUCGGCUCCAUGGCCAUUGAGUCGUGGACUCUGUACGCCAUCGGCCUGGUGCUGAUAAUAUGUCGAAUAAUAUCACGGCGGAUGAAGUUGGGCAGCAUGAAGAAUCUCCAGAUCGAGGACUGGCUGAUGGUCGUCGCGGGGACAACUUUCACCGGAUUCAUCGUGUCCGUCAACGAAGUCGCAAAGAAUGGCAGCAAUUACAUGUCCCCCGAGGAGGCGGCCGCCCUCACGCCCGACGAGGUGGCCAAGGCCAUCUAUGGUAGCAAGAUGACCCUCGCGCUGGAGAUGUUCACCUUGGCAACGGUCUGGCUUGUCAAGGCGUGCUUGCUGUUCCUCUACUACCGAUUAACGAGGGAGGCUUUCCACAAACAGCAGCUCGCUGUCAAGUUCAUAGCCGCGUACUGCGCCGGCACCUACCUCAUCAUCGUCAUCCUCUGCCUGACGUACUGGUGCCACCCCGUCUCCGAGUACUGGAGAGUCCCGGUGAGAAACUCACAAUGCGCCACUUACUACCACCACAUGAUCUUCGCCACAUCCUUCAACAUCUCGUCCGACCUGAUGCUCCUACUGAUCCCGCUUCCGAUUAUUGUGCGGACCCGCCUUCCGCUGAGGAGGAAACUGGUUCUCUGCUGUGUUCUUGGUCUUGGUAUCUUCAAUAUCAUCGCCGCCGUCCUGAACCGAUACUACAACUUCAACAACCCCAACGAUCUGGGCUACAUGUACUGGUACGUGGGCGAGGUGGCCAUCGCCGUGUGCGUGGGCAACAUCCCGCUCUGCUGGCCACUCAUCCGCCAGGUCUUCCAGGCGGGCUCCUGGUUCGACUCCAAGGAGUCGGGCGAGACCCCGCCGCACCACAUCCCCAGGAGCGGCCCGUUCCGCCGCCGCCCGAAGCCGCCGAACUCCUCCAUAUGGCUGAGUACGUGGGGACAGACUACGUGGGACAAGGUGGACGACGUGGCUGAGGAUCAGGGACGGGGUAGGAGACGGAGCCAAUUCGACGGGAAGGGGGGACUGGGAGGAGAGACGGUCUGCGAGUCACACGGCAGCGAGAUCGAGCUCACUCCCGGGUGGCACGGGAGGGCAAAUUCAACGGCCGUGACUACCAAAGGCGUGGGCGGCGCCGCCGGGGCCGAGAGUGGGAGCGACGAUCCCGAGAUCGGGGUUGUCGUGGUGAAGACGGUCCGGAUCUCGCGGGGUUGAACUUGGUAGCGAACUUUUUACACAAGGGACAUACUUUGGUCACUUUGUGACAGUGGCGUGCUUGGCAAUGGCGUCUAUAGCCGGAGGACUGGGAUAAUUUUGGCAUGGUCAUGGGCAUGUACGCAGUAUUUUAGCGAAUGACACAGGCUGCGUGGGCGUUGGCUUUUGGGGCGGUCGGUCAACAUCUUGUCUGGGAAUGAUUACAGAUGUACCUUGUACGGAUACGAGUAUAGAUCACUAGCAAGACAGGGAACAUGCACGAGAC